AUUGAGUGUGUUUUAAUGUUCCCCAAGUACAAAGUUCUAAGUUGCAUGAAAUCAGGUAAUAGGUAACAUUUUCGAGGUUUUGAUUUAGGAGUGACUAAGAUACCUUGUAUCCGAUUAACCUGCCGGGGUGUUGUGGACAAUUCAAACAAUCAUGACAAUGGGUUGGUAUUCACUAUGCAUUGUGAUUGCACUAUGUGCUAUUUGUACACUCGGGAAGAAACAUGGAGGCCCUGACUCAGCCUGUAGCAGCCUCACGCCUCGCCAUGGCAACAACACUGCCCAAGUGUCAUCGUCGCCAUAUACGAUCAGAGUCAUCAGCGCAACUCAGUAUAAACGGGGAACGAAAGUGAUGUUGCAGCUUACAGGACCGGCCUUCCAAGGCGUAAUGAUUCAAGCCAGGAAGAAAGGCUCAAAUGCUAUUGUCGCAGGACAAUUCGCUGAUUUCCCUCCUUAUACGAAAGCAAAGAAGUGCACUAAUGACGCUGACACGAUAACACACAGCGCACCAGAUAAUAAGACAAACAUUGAAUUCUCUUGGAAUCCACCAAACCAAGCUGAUGGUGACAUUGAAUUCUAUGGAACAGUUCUCCAGAAAUUUGAUACCUUUUGGUUGGAACACAAAUCUGCUACUUUAAAACCUGCUGAUGACUAUAAAGGGUCUGCUGGGAUGUUGAGAAUAGCAACGGCGUUGCUUGGGCUUCCUGUCAUAACUAUGAUUCUCAUAUUCUGAACUGAAUAAAGCAGUUAUGAUUUAAUCUUCGUGGUGAAGACUGGAGAAGAGUUCGAGAAUCUUUAAAUCAUACAUACAUUCCAAUUUCUAGACCCUUUUAAAAUCGAUUUAUAUUACGAUACUCAUCGCAUCUUUUUGUUUUCAACUAGAAAGGAACUAAUGUAAAUAGAACGCAAUGAUUUCUCAUAUGCAGUCGGCUUUUUGUAUUUUUUCAAAGCUGAAACAAGUUUGUGGUGCUCAAUGUGAAAGCUUCUAGCUUCUUUUUAGUUGCAUUCUGGUAUAUGCCAGAGCCCCUCUUAUCUGCCGUUUGUGAAAUUAUUUUAUCAUCUCUAGGAGUGCUUUUCCUG